AUGAGAACGCUUGUCGUUUGGGAUUUGGCCAGCCAUAAGGUGAACUUCGCUGAUCUUAGCGGGACCCGAUUCUCCGAACAGGAGCAACCGGAUGAGGAGGUUGCCAGCUACAUCUUCUUCUGGAGCGGUCGCCUAAAGGCAGAGGGACGUGAGGCUGACGAUGCCUUUUCCAUCCGGACUAUUGUGAGACAACCGCCCUGA